AUGACGACCAAUGGCCACGUCUCUGAUCUAGAGCAUGAAAAUGAAACAAACAGCGUCUACAAUGCGAAAUCCGUGUCAGAGAUCCGUGCCGCAUUGGCCGAGCUCCACAGAAAAGAGGCCACAGUAACUUCGCAGCUCGAUGCUCUUGUCAGUGCGCAGAAGGAUCUCCAACGAGAACUCGGCCGUCUGGACUUGUUCCGCGCAAAUGCCACUGCGCAGGCUUCCAAGGCAAGAGCAGUCAGCAAUGGCAUGCUCUCAGACGCUGCAGCCAGCGCCCAACGAAUCUCAAAUUCCGUCAAGAGACUCGACCUCGAGCAGGAAAGGGUCAAGGCUACACUCACCGUCGUCGAGCAGGUCAGGGAAUUGAAAGCUUGUGUGCUGGGUGUAUCUGGAUCCAUGGGAGCGGCUCAGGACUGGGAAACCGCAGCCAGCUAUCUUAGCAGAGCCUCAAAGAUUCCCAGUGCUGUCAUUAAUGGCCCAUUCGCCGCGAGAAUAGUUCCGACUGCAGAAGUCCCCGAUGCCCCUGCUGUCACCUUGGAGAAUGCUUCGGAAUCAUUGUGCAACCUGUUUCUGAGAGAGUUCGACAAAGCAAUCAAGGAGAACGACGGCGCUCGAAUAACGCGUUUCUUCAAACUCUUCCCGCUGAUCAACCGCUCGGACGUUGGUCUGGACGUCUAUGGUCGCUAUGUCUGCCAGGGCGUCGCUACUCGGGCUCGUGCCAACCUCAAUGCUGGCACUGGUGGCAACCAAAGCAAAGACGGUUUCUUCUACGCAAACGCCUUGACGAAAUUGUUCGAGCAUAUUGCACAAAUCAUUGAGGGACAUGGUGGACUGGUUGAGCGCCAUUAUGGGGCCGGCAAGAUGGCACGAGUCAUUGAACGGCUGCAAGUCGAGGCUGAUCUCCAAGGAGGGAUUAUACUUGACACUUGGAGCGACGAGAGGAAGAUCGAACGCCAGCUGACUGAUAUCAAAGCAUACGCUUUCACGUUCUUGGUCCAGAGCUUCAUGAAUGCACAGAGAGGUUCAAGCGCAACGCCGCGAGCAGGCUCUCCCGCACCAGGAAGGUCGAGUGAAGAUGAAUCGGUCGAUAUGAAACAGGUGGAUGCCUUACUCAAUGAGAUGACCCUCAUGUUGGGCAAAUGGUCCUUGUACACCAACUUUAUUGCCGAAAAAUGUCACGAUGCUGGCAGCCCUGAUGGAUCACUGUCGAUACCUUCAUUCCUCCUCGACUCGAACCUCCACAAAAAAGUGCAGGAGAAACUCCUCACCCCGUUCAACACCAUGACUACGUUCUUCUUCCGGCGUUCAGUCGAGAAGGCGUUCCAACUAGACGAGCAACCGCCCGACUUGUCUCUCAACCCUCAUAAACCACUCAACUCCAAUCCACCUCACGUCACCUCUGCAAUCGAGGACAUUAUGUACAUUGUCAACAAAGUCCUGCAGCAGUCUUUAGCCACGUCACAGAAACAGGUCAUCUCCAGCGUCAUUCCUACUCUGGGUAGAAUACUAGGCUCCGAUUUCAUCGGCAUGGAACAGCGCAAGAUGCGCGAUGAGAGCUACCCCAAAGCCGCAAUUCCAGGCCAGCUCCCACCCGAGGCGACAAUCGUCUCCUUCCUCGUCCUCGUCAACAAUCUCGACGUAGCUAAGGACUACGUUGUCCAGAUUGCCCGUGCUCGAGUGGAGCCCGUCGCAGGCUCACCUCAUCGACCAUUAGCAGAACUCUUCCCUGGGCAUGGCGAGGCAGACGAGGUUGCGGCUUUGCUGACCUCCUUCGCCUCAGUGUUCUCGGAGAAAACCAACGAGCUCAUUUCUGACGGCGUGAACGUGGUCUUUCACAAUGUCAUGAAACCUCGUCUCCGACCUAUACUGAUGGACGCCUUCCGCGACACAGACUACCAGCUCUCGCGGGAGCAGCUGCAGGACCUUGCGGGCGAUGUCGACGGCGGGGACGAGACCGAGUCCUUCUCGGACGAAGUCCGCAUGCGCUUCCAACUGGGAUGGGACGCGCUGACGAAACCGAUCGGCCGGAUCAUGACGGAGCGCACGUUUGACCAGCUCCUGGCGAUCGUGGUGAACUACCUGAGCAAGAUGCUCGAGAAGCGCUUGUGGACGUACCACGGGCGGGUCAACGAAGUCGGGGCCGCGAGGCUGGAGCACGACGUCAAUGAGAUCGUCAAGGUCGUCGUCAAGGGCCAGAAGUACGGCCUGCGCGAGGCAUUUUUGCGCUGCACCCAGAUCUGCAUGAUCAUGAACAUGGACGAGGAGGAGUGGGAAGAGUUGCUCAGUUCGGGGGGCGAGGUUGCGGAUAAGCUGAAGCAUGAGGAGCGUGUAAGGGCGAGGAAUAUGGUCAAGGACACUACUGCAUAG